AGCGGCUUUGUUCCUUCCCGAAUGGCGCGCAGGGCUGAGCCCCCCGACGGGGGCUGGGGGUGGAUGGUGGUGCUAUCAGCGUUCAUCCAGUCGGCGCUCGUGUUUGGGGUGCUCCGUUCCUUCGGUGUCUUCUUCGUGGAAUUUGUGGCGGCGUUUGAGGAGCAGGCAGCCAGAGUCUCCUGGAUCGCUUCCAUAGGGAUCGCGGUGCAGCAGUUCGGGAGCCCAAUAGGCAGUGCCCUGAGCACGAAGCUGGGGCCCAGGCCUGUGGUGAUGACUGGAGGCAUCUUGGCCGCGCUGGGGAUGCUGCUUGCUUCAUUUGCUACCUCCUUGACCCACCUCUACCUGAGUAUUGGGCUGCUAUCAGGCUCUGGCUGGGCCCUGACCUUCACUCCGACCCUGGCCUGCCUCUCCCGGUACUUCUCUCGACGCCGAUCUCUGGCCAUGGGGCUGGCGCUGACUGGAGUGGGCCUCUCCUCUUUUGCGUUUGCUCCCCUCUUCCAGUGGCUGAUCAGCCGCUAUGCCUGGCGCGGAGCCCUCUUGCUCGUGUCUGCCCUCUCCCUACACCUGAUGGCCUGUGGUGCUCUCCUCCGCCCACUCUCCCUGACUGAAGACACUUCUGUGGGUGGCCCUGGGUCCCAGCUCACCUCCCUCCUCCGUGACGGCCCCUUCGUCCGGUACACUCUUGCCCUUACUCUGAUUAAUACUGGCUACUUCAUCCCCUACGUCCAUUUGGUGGCCCAUCUGCAGGACCUGGGUUGGGACCCACUACCUGCUGCCUUCCUGCUAUCAGUGGCCGCCAUUUCUGACCUCGUGGGCCGGGUGGCAUCUGGUUGGCUGGGAGAUGCCGUCCCGGGACCCGUGGCUCGGCUGCUGAUGCUUUGGACCACCCUGACGGGGGGGUCACUAGUCCUCUUCCCCGUGGCUCAGUCUCCCACAACCCUGGUGGUUCUGGCUGUGACCUAUGGCUUCACAUCAGGGGCCCUGACCCCAGUGGCCUUCUCUGUGAUUCCUGAACUGGUGGGGACUGGAAGGAUUUACUGUGGCCUGGGACUGGUGCAGAUGAUCGAGAGCAUCGGAGGGCUGUUGGGAGCUCCUCUAUCAGGCUACCUCCGGGAUGUGACAGGCAACUACAUGGUUUCCUUCAUGGUGGCUGGGGCCUUCCUUCUGGCAGGAAGUGGAGUUCUUACCACCUUGCCCCAUUUCUUCUCCUGCAUCUCAUCUUCUACCUCCAGACCCCAGGACCUUGGAAUAGAGGCACUGGAUACCAAAAUUCCCCUGCCCAAGGAGGAGGGGUUGGGAGAGGACUGAACUCCACCAGGAGACGGUGGCCAUGGAGAGCCAGAGCUUGGCAGGUCUUCUGCCCCAUCAAGGCAUCCACAGAAGCACAGUGCCUUAGGAUUCUUGAUCUGCCUCCACCAGAGCAGACCUGGGGUUCCUGCAAUUUAUGUGCCAACCCUUUGUAUUUUGUGGACGACUCUCAUAUCACCUCCUUUGUUCUCCCAAGAUUUUUCUGAAGGAUCCAGGAGAUCUCUCAACCCACUGAGUUCUGAAUCAAAUCUGAAAAUCAAAGGUCGAGAGCCUUCUCAUGUUUCA